UCCGCCAUCAUGGCCGUAUUGAGGCUAUGUUUCUUUCUGACCGUAUUGAGGCUGUGUUUCUUUCUGGCCGUCCUUUCCUGUGCUGCAGCAAAAAACACUUAUGUGGUUUUGGUUCCGAAGGUCAUUCGCCCUGGUCUACCCCUUAACGUCAGUGUCAACGUUCUGCAGGCGUCAGGCGAUGUCCACAUCGAGGCUAAAGUGACAUCAGACAACGGCGACGCCACAGUGGCUCAUAGUUCUGCAAUUGUCCGUAAGGGGGAGCCGUUAAACAUCAAACUGGAGAUUCCUCAAGGUCUCUCUGUCGGCCGUUAUAAAGUGUCCGUACAGGGGUCGGGGGGUGCAAACUUCAGCAGCCAGGCGGCCAUCAGCUACAAGCAGAAGAGUCUCUCUGUAUUUGUACAGACAGAUAAGGCCGUCUACAAACCCUCUCAGACAGUGCAAUUCCGGGCCUUAGCCGUACACCCUGACCUCCGGCCUUACAUCGGCUCCCUGGACAUUGAGAUGUUUGAUCCCAAAGGUAACAAGAUCAAGCAAUGGUUGAAUGUGAAAGACACUAAAGGUGUGGUGGAAAACAAACUGGCUCUGUCUGAACAGCCUGUCCUGGGCGACUGGAAGAUCAAAGUCACUGUCCAGGGCCAGACACAGGAGAAAGUGUUCACAGUGGAUGAGUACGUUUUGCCGAAGUUUGAAGUAACCGUCAAGUUACCUUCCUAUGCUUUGACCAGAGACAAGCGACUGUCAGGAACUGUAAAAGCCAUGUAUACCUACGGCAAACCCGUCAAAGGGACAGCUAACAUCAGCCUGAAAUUCAAAAACUCUAAAGCUGGCUUAAACACAGUUACCCAGACGCUACAGCUGGACGAAGGUGAGAAAGCCUUUAGUGUAGCCUUUUCUCAGCUGACGUCGCUCGCCCCCAACACUCUGAACGGUGCUGUGCUAGUAGCCGAGGCGAAUGUCACGGAGACGCUGACGGGCGUCACCCUUAACGGCUCCUCCUCCGUGAUGUAUCACCAACACGCCACCAAGCUGGACUUUAGCAGCUCCAACCCCAAAAACUUCAAACCAGGCCUGAAAUACACCGCCUACCUAAGAGUGUCCCAGCAAGAUGGCCGCCCUAUUGUCGGACCGAGAAGCUCGGUUACCAUUUCCGCUGUGGUGACCAAUGAGAAACCUAACACCGUUUCCAUUUUCCAUUACCCAGUAGUCUCUACUCACAGUCUUCAAACCCAGACUUUCACAGUGCCAGAAAAUGGUCUGGUGCCCAUCGAAAUAGAUAUACCCACAGACAAAUACUCUACCAAAAUAGCCAUUAAGGCUAAGUACCCGGAUGCACAUGACGUCACGCUGAACAUCGACCGCAUGCAUUCUCCAAGCAACAGUUAUAUCCAGAUAAUUCUGAAGUCAGACAAGCUACAGGUGGGCGAUGAAGCCAAUUUUGAUCUGAAAUCUACCAGUCCGAUGACGUCAGUAAUAUACCAGGUUCUCUCUAGAGGUUCUAUUGUAUCCGCUGGGAAAGUUGACGCUUCUGGUCAGUUGACCAAAACCUUCAGUCUGACAGUCACAUCUGGUAUGGCCCCGACGGCCCGAAUCAUCGUGUACGCCGUCAGACCCGAUGGGGAAAUCGUCACGGAGAGCAUCUCAUUCAACGUCGACGGUAUUUUCCAAAAUAAGGUGUCGGUGAAUUUCAACACCCCAAAAGCUCAACCAGGAGAUCAAGUGGACUGUCACGUGACAGCUGACCCAGAUUCUCAUGUGAACAUCCUGGCAGUUGACCAAAGUGUUCUACUGCUCAAGUCCGGAAAUGACAUCACAGAAGGGCAGGUUAAUGAUGAGCUCCAGACAUUCGACACCAUUGACGUCUCCAAACAUCGCCCGCCAUUCUUCCAGUUCUGGCCGCAAAUCGCUCUGCGGGGAAAAAGGAUGCUUUGGUGGCCAUAUUACCCAGUGUAUUUUGAUGGAUCCGACGCUAAGGAAGUAUUCGAGAAUGCCGGCGUGAUUAUCAUGACAGACGCUACUGUUUACCAUUACAAGAAACCAGUAUAUUUCCAUUUCCAUCACGGAUUUUUUGGGGGAGGUUUUCCCAGCAUUGCUAAGAUAUCCGGGUCUGGAUUUGGUGGGAUCAACAAUUUGAUGGGAGGUAUGCAUCCUAGCAUAAGUCAUCCACCAACUAUGGCCCCUGUCAAGCCGCCUUCCGAGAACAAGCUUCAAGAGGUGGACAGAGUCCGCAAAGUCUUCCCAGAAACUUGGUUGUGGACCAGUCAAAGUAUCGGAUCAAACGGAUCCUCGGUGAUCAGUACAACUGUACCAGACACGAUCACAUCCUGGGUGGCUAGCGCAUUCGCCAUUAACCAUAACAGCGGAUUGGGUGUGUCUCCAACGACAGCUAAGCUACAGGCUUUCCGGCCUUUCUUUGUCAGUAUGAAUCUCCCGUAUUCGGUUGUUCGGGGAGAACAAGUCGCGUUGGAGGCCAUGGUGUUCAACUACAUGACAACAGAUAUGCAGGUUGUGGUCACUCUGGAGAAAUCUGCCUCCUACCGGAACCUGGUCAAAGAUCAGACUGGAAAUAUGAUGGCAACUUCUGCUCCUCAGACUCAAACCAUACACAUCAAGGCAGGUGAUGCCAAGUCUGUGCAUUUCCCCAUCAUACCCGCUGUCCUGGGCCAGAUAGAGAUCACAAUCAGAGCUCAGUCCACAGUGGCUGCCGAUGCUGUCCAGAGAAUGCUCCUGGUCGAAGCAGAAGGUGUCCCUCGAGAGUACAACCACGCCGUACUGGUAGAUCUCACCCACAACUCGUCAUUCUCCAAGGUCGUCCCCAUCUCCUUCCCACCCAGCACCGUGUACGGGUCUCAGCACAUCAGGGUCUCGGCUGUCGGCGAUCUGAUGGGACCAACAAUCCAUGGCUUGGACAGUUUGCUGAGGAUGCCUACCGGCUGUGGAGAACAGACCAUGUUGAAUUUCGCUCCUGACAUUUUUGUCUCGAAGUACUUGUCCUCCACUCAGCAGCUGACGGGCGCACUCAGACAGAAAGCGCUAGGUUUACUUGAAAAGGGGUAUCAGCGGGAACUGACCUAUCAACAUAAGGAUGGAUCCUUCAGCGCUUUUGGUGACCGGGACAGCUCAGGAAGCAUGUGGCUAACGGCAUUCGUGAUCAAGUCUUUCCAUCAAGCUAAACCGUUUAUCUUUGUGGACGACGCGACUCUUGUCAAAGCCAUCACGUGGAUUCUGAGCCAUCAGAAGUCAGACGGCUCGUUCCCAGAGCCGGGCAGGAUCAUACAUAAGAACAUGCAGGGAGGUUCGGCUUCUGGCGUGGCUUUGACCUCAUUUGUCCUCAUCUCUCUGCUGGAGAACAGUGAUCUGGACAAUACUGUUGAGGCCAAGAUCAGCGCUGCCACGGCCAAGAGCAGAGAAUACCUGGAGAAUGAGGUAAACCAUAUAUCUGACGACUAUACCAUGGCCAUCACUACCUAUGCUCUGAUGUUAGCCAAGAGUUCCAGAGCCCAGUCCGCGCUCAUGAUGUUAAACCACGAGGCUGUGGUCAAAGAUGGCACCAAACAUUGGGAAGGUCCGAUAGCCAGCAAAACAACAAACAUUCGGAAGUUCUGGAGAGCUCCAUCCAGACAAUCUCCCGCUAUUGCCAUUGAAACCACUGCUUACGGACUACUUUCCUACGCCGAGAAGAGGGAUCUGGUAGCCGGGUUGGACAUCCUAAAAUGGAUCACUUCACAAAGGAAUGCCCAUGGUGGAUUCUCUUCUACCCAGGACACAGUUGUGGCUCUGCAGGCUCUGUCAGAAUUCGCAGAGAAGAUUUUCUCUCCUACCUUUGACGUCACGGUAAAGAUUUCCGAUGACGUCAAUAAGCACAACUUCCGGAUUCAGCGGGAAAACUCUCUGGUGUUCCAGACAGCUCAGAUGAACAACGUAAGUGAUCACGUGACUGUCAGCGCAACAGGGAGUGGUAUGGCACUGGUUCAGGUGUCUGUAGACUACCACGUGGAGCAGGACGACACGGCGCCGUCGUUUGACGUACAGGUUAAGCUUUUACACGAAACCAUGCACUCUGUCACCAUCCAAGCAUGCGCUCAGUGGCUACAAGAAGGUUCUAGUGGAAUGGCGGUGGAGGAAAUUGGCAUCCCCACGGGCUUCCAGGCUGACAGAGAUAACAUCACCCUGGUGGAUGGUCUGAAACGGAUAGAAACCUCAGACAAAAAGCUCCUCCUCUACUUUGACGAGAUCUCGACGACACCCACGUGCAUAACGGUCAGAGCGGACAGAACAGCGCUUGUGGCGAAAAGUAAACCGGCAGCCGUGAGGAUCUACGAUUACUAUGAACCCGACAACCAGAAGACGGUAUUCUAUCAGUCCCAUGUGCUAGAGGGGGCCUCUAUAUGUGAUGUGUGCGGAGCAGACUGUGGAUGUAACUAACCCAUUAAUGGCCAAGGUGACCGCUUCCAGAAACUAAUUAUCAUGUACGUGGUGUAAAAUUAAAGAAAAUUAUUUGUGU